AUGGCUGUGCCUGCAAGCCCACAGCACCCACGGGGCUACAGCAUCCUGCUGCUCACGCUCCUUAUGAAAGCUCUAGCAGCCGCCGCCGCCUGCAACCACCUUCGCCUCCAGGAUGCCACCUUCUCUCGCGACAGCCUCCAGCUCCUCCGGGACAUGGCUCCCAGCCCACCCCAGCCGUGCCCACAGCACAGCGCGCCAUGCUCCUUCAACGACACCAUCCUGGACACCAGCAACGCCCGGCAAGCCGACAAAACCACCCACGACAUCCUCCAGCACCUCUUCAAAAUACUCAGCGGACCCAGCACUCCAGCCCACUGGGUCGACAGCCAACGCCAAAGCCUCCUCAACCAGAUCCAGCGGUACACCCAGCACCUCGAGCAGUGCUUGGCGGGCAGCGACACGCGCUCCCGCACACGAUGGCCUCGCAACCUUCACCUCACCAUCAACAAACACUUCAGCUGCCUCCACACCUUCCUCCACGACAACGAUUACAGCGCCUGCGCCUGGGACCACGUCCGCCUACGAGCUCGCACCUGGUUCCUGCACAUCCACGACCUCGUGGGCAACACGCGCACCUAG